CAGUCGGAAUCAAACGUCGCAUUAGUAUAAUAUAUUGGUAAAAGAAAAAAGUUCCUCAAUAUAAGUAAAUAAAGAAAAUAAUUAAACUGGACUUUGGAAUCAAACAUUUAUUUUAAUACAUGUAGGAAAAAGAAAUUCAUUGUCACAUUAUAAAUUAAAUUUACACUACCAAAAAUAUUUAAUAUGCCAACAAAAUUUUGGGAUUAUUUUAGUAACAAAUUAGGAGAAACAAAUUUUGGCAAAUAAAUGCACAGCUGAUUUACAUAUAACAUAAAUUUAAUAAAAAUGAUAUCUUCAUAAUGAGUCUCAUUGAGAAACCAAAUUUAACUAUGGCUUUGACAGCUACAACUUCACAAAAUCAAAAUACAAUUAAUUCAAAUUUAAAUAAUGAAAAUUACGCCACCGUUCUACAAAACAAAGAAAACGAAACAAAAAUAACUGAAGAACAUAAUAAAACGAACAACAUAGAAAAUGUUAUGAUUAGUCUGAUAGCUGGAGCAACAGCUGGUGCCUUAGCAAAAACUACCAUUGCUCCUUUAGAUAGAACGAAAAUAAAUUUUCAGAUAAACAAAAAUAUACCUUAUUCUUUUGGAGCGGCCUUGGGAUUUAUUAGGAACACUUAUGAAAAAGAAGGAUUUCUUUCUCUUUGGCGUGGAAAUUCUGCAACAAUGGCUAGGAUAAUUCCAUAUGCAGCGAUUCAAUUUGCAGCACAUGAACAAUGGAAAAGAAUUUUAAAAGUUGAUCAAGAAAAAGAAACAAAAAUUAGGCGCUUUGUAGCAGGAUCAUUAGCUGGUAUUACGUCACAAUCUCUCACGUACCCAUUAGAUUUGGCAAGAGCAAGAAUGGCUGUUACAGAUAAAUACUCGGGUUAUAAAACAUUAAGACAAGUUUUUCUAAAAAUCUGGGUUGAAGAAGGACCUAGAACUUUAUAUAGAGGAUAUUUUGCUACAAUUUUAGGUGUAAUUCCGUAUGCUGGCGCGUCGUUUUUUACUUACGAAACUCUUAAAAGGAAGUAUUUUGAAUUGACUGACACUACAAAACUUUCAAUGGUAAUGUCUUUAAUUUGUGGAGCUUGUUCCGGUGUGGUUGGUCAAACUGCAUCUUAUCCUUUAGACAUUGUACGAAGACGUAUGCAAACAAUGGGUGUUCGUAAAGAUACUGGCCAAUAUAACACAAUACUCUCCACAUUAAAAAAAAUCUAUAGGGAGGAAGGUUUAAAGAAUGGAUUUUUCAAAGGGCUAAGUAUGAAUUGGAUCAAAGGUCCUAUAGCUGUUGGUAUUAGUUUCUCAACAUAUGAUUCUAUCAAAGAAUUUAUAAGAGAGUUGCAUCAAUAUAAACGUGGAAGGAAUAAUUCAUAGGAGUUUAAAGUAUUGGGUAACCAAUAAAUUGAAGAAUUGUGUAAUUAAAAAUAAUAUAUUUGUUAAAUAGUUUUCAACUGACUUUCCACUUAUACUCUAAAAGUAUAAAUAUUGUCAAUUUUCGUUAAAAUUUUAAGAUAAUUAUAGAUGUUAAUAAAAACGAUUCUUACUAUUCAGCGCACUAUUGGAAAGACAAUAAUAAUAAGUCAAAAUAAAUUAUUGAAAUUUCAUUUUCUAUUGUAAAUUAAAAAAAUUGACUUGACUUUCUAAAUAUAAUAUGGUAUUUUUAUAAUAAAACAUACUUUUAGAAAAAAAUAUUUGGGAAUUAAGUA